UGACAAGGGAUUGUGGGAACUGAAGUCCAAAUGUCAGAAUUAAGUAAAUUCUUCAUUUACAGUUUGCCUAAUGGGAAUUUGGGAGUAAAAAUCACUUUUUAAAAAUCACUGAAACGACCUGGCUGAGGAAUUAAGUUCUUACGUUUAUAAAAACAAAUGUUUCUCAAACGGAGCCACAGAUCUAUGAAAAAUAGAUUAACUCCAAUUCGCUUACUUCAGAGUAUGUUUUUUGUGAUUCUCUAAUUUUUCUCCAAGUCUGUGUUCCUGGUGGCUGUCAGAAAGCUUCUCUGCGCAUGCGCGGCUAUCCUGCUUUAACCAUGAGAGUGUUAGUAGGUGGUGGGACUGGAUUUGUUGGCAGAGCCUUAACCCGGUUGUUGAAGGACCGAGGCCAUGAAGUUACCCUGGUUUCCCGCAGUCCCGGAAAGAACCGAAUUACCUGGGAUGAACUUUCCCGCUUGGGGCUCCCUCCUUGUGAAGGUGUGGUCAACCUUUCUGGAGAAAAUGUCCUCAACCCCCUCCGAAGAUGGAGUGAAUCCUUUCGCCAGGAGGUGGUCGCCAGCCGGAUAGAGACCACAAAAGCCUUGGCAAAAGCCAUUGCUGGGGCUGAACACCCACCUCAAGCCUGGGUCCUGGUCACGGGCGUAGGAUAUUACCGGCCCAGCCACACCACAAAAUACACAGAAGACAGUCCCGGUGGAGACUUCGAUUUCUUCUCUCGCCUAGUAACCCACUGGGAAGCAGCGGCUCAAAUCCCUGGUGAAGUCACACGCCAAGCAGUUGUGAGAUCUGGUGUUGUGCUGGGCAAGGACGGUGGUGCCAUCGCCCAGAUGUUGUGGCCCUUUCGCCUCGGUCUGGGAGGGCCCAUCUCUUCUGGCCACCAGCCUUUUCCUUGGAUCCACGUGGCGGAUUUGGCGGGCAUCUUGGUCCAUGUACUAGAACGGGAAGGGGUCAGCGGGAUCCUGAACGGCGUCGCACCAACGGCUGUUACCACCACAAAUAAGGACUUUGCCCAAGCAAUGGGGUCAGUGCUCAGACGGCCCGCUCUAUUGCCCCUGCCAGGUUUUGCUGUUUCAGCCAUUUUUGGCCCCGAACGAAGCAUUAUGUUGCUGGAAGGGCAGCGAGUGGAGCCUAAGCGGACUCUGGAGAGCAACUACUGCUUUGCGUUCCCUGAUCUUCCCUCUGCCCUCCGGAAUAUUUUAAUCUGAUCUGAUACAAAAGAAACCUAUGCAUUAUCAGUUAUGGUAUAUAUAAUGCUGGUGCGGUGUGUUAUAAAUUAUCAGAUGAAUUAUACAGUAAAGACCAUGGUUGCUUGAAACCAUGGAUAUUUCCAAAGAUCAUUAUAUUAUCAGAAUUAACACAGAGUUUCCCUGGAAGACCUAGUAAUUCCUACAGAAGUAUCCUAUCUAGGAAUUUGCUAGGUCCACCAAAGCGACUUUAUAGUAAUUUCUGGGGGAUAUUUUAGGGAUGAAGUUUUUGUAUGGAGACAAUAUACAAAAAUAGUGUGCAGUUUUGGUUAUGUCCAUUUCGAUAUCCCAGGAUUCUGCCUUGCAGACAUGCAGCAAAAAAUGUUUUUCAUCUUCACUAUAUUACAAAUUGUAAUAAAUGAAUCUAUUUGUUGUCAAAGGAUUUUUCGGGAAUCACUGGGUUGCUGUGAGUUUUCCAGGCUGUAUGGCCAUCUUCCAGAUGCAUUUUCUUCUGACCUUUCACCCACAUCUAUGGCAGGCAUCCUCAGAGGUUGUGAGAUCUGUUGGAGAUAAGGCAAGUGGGGUUUAUAUAUGCCCAGGAUGGAAGAAAGAACUCUUGUCUGUUGGGGGCAAGUGUGAAUGCAAUUGGUCCCUUUGAUUAGCAUUUCUGAAGUUGCCUGCCAUAGUUUCCAGCAGACCUCACAAUAUUGCAAUUGGCCACCUUGAUUAGUAUUGAAUAGCUUUGCAGCUUCAAAGUCUGGUUACUUCCUGGUUGUUUCUCCCACCCUGGACAUUCAUCACAUAUAUAAACCCACUUACCCAGUUUCUAACGGACCUCACAACCUCUGAGAGGUGCCAUAGAUGUGGGUGAAACAUCAGGAGAAAAUGCUUCUGGAACAUGGUCAUAGAGCCCAGAAAAGUCACAGCAACCCAAGGAAUCUGUUAUUAUCCAGAAAAGCUUUCUAGUCUGUCCAGGACUUCAAAUUACUUUUAUUUAAUGCCAUCAAACCUACAUGAUUUUAUGGAAAACUAGUAUUCAUUGACACUGUGGAAUUAAUGCAGUCUUGACACCAUUUUAACAGGCAUGGCUCAAUACUAUGCAGUCCUGGGAUUUGUAGUUUGGUGAGGCACCAGGACUGUUUGACAGAGAAGGCUAAAGAUCUUGUAAAACUACAUCUCCAUGAAAGUUAAAAUGAUGUCAAAGUGCUUUGGAAAAUAAUCUGACCCAUGAUCUGUAUAAUGAUAUCAGUUUGAUGUGUAGUUUGGUUGUUAAGUAACUUUUUUGAGACUUGCUGAGGCUUUCACUAGAUGGCACUACAGUUGCCGGACGUCCUCGAAGGCCAAGAGGGCGGGUGAUAAAUUAUGAAGGGAAUUUCCCAGAGAAAAUAAACAAAUACAACAGUCA